AUGGUACUACAGUAUGAUGAGAGCGUUCGCAACCUGCUGUAUCGGAGAUCAUGCCAAUACACGCAGGGUGAGCGCUCUGGAGGCCACGUCGAGGAGGCCGACCUCGUCGAGAGAGUGAAGAGCUUCACCAAGCGUUAUCCGAAUAGUCGGACAGCUCAUGCUUGCAGAGCUGAGGGGGGAUGCACUCCCGACGCUAUCGCAGAAGCCAUCCGCUCGACAUGUCGGCAGGCGAGACGCGACCUUUUUGAAGACUCUCUGAGCGCAUGGAGCCCAGAGUCGAAAGCAUGGUUCAUGCAACAGAUGGAGGAGGCCAAACAGCAGAAUGUCGAGACUUACAUCGGCACCGAAGACACCGAGGAGACCUCCUUCAUCUCCAUGACUCUCCUGGGCAUCUCCUCGAUGUAUGUGCGACAAGAAGACAAAUUGAAAAUGAAGUUGACGGAGCUGGGACUCAUAGUAGACUCAGUCGAUAGAGACGACAAGUCCAUCAUGUGGAAAGCACCUUACAGACCUGAGAUAGCACGAGCAGACGACAUCUCAGUCACCAUCUCCUUCCUUCGGAAUGAAGAAGCCAUCGCACUUAGGGUUUAG